UCCCUCCCAAUAUUUCCACUUUGUUACUUCCGGUAAGCAAGAAGAACCGGAAAAGGCGGGGUUUCGGUACGCACAUCAACACGACUUUAAACGAUGAGGGCAAAAUCAAUCGCCGCGAGAAACAAAAUCAUAUAAUACAUAUAUGUAUGUUCAUAUUUUAGUCAUUACUUUGACGACAUGGCACACUCUAAAGUUGGACCCCUGAAUAGCUAAUUCGUUAGCGAUGACGAAAAGGAAGAGGACGACAAUGUCGGAGCUCAGCGACGAGGCCAGCGAGUCCGAGCAGCUCGGCGUGAGUCUGUCCCUGUGGCUGGGAGAGUCCCCGGUGAGCGCCGAGGAGCUGGACGUCCCCCUGGACCUGCACACCGCCUGCUCCAUUGGGCAGUACGACGUGGUGGCAGAAAGCAUCCAAAGGCGUGAGGUGGACCUGAACGGGAAGAACGCGGGAGGAUGGACGCCCCUGAUGUACGCUUCGUACAUUGGCCACGACAACAUCGCCAACCUUCUGCUGGAGGUCGGCGUGAACGUCAACGCCACCACCGCCAAAGGACAGACCCCCCUGAUGCUGGCCGCCAGCUGCGGGAAUGAAAGCAUCGCCUACUUUCUGCUCCACCAAGGCGCUGAGUUGGAGGUGAAAGACCGUCGGGGCUGGACGGCUUUGUUCCAUUGUACCAGCGCAGGACACCAGCAGAUGGUGAAGUUUUUGCUGGAUAACAAUGCCGAUGCCAACGUGAGGGAGCCCGGGUCCGGAUUUACUCCCCUAAUGGAGGCUGCCGCUUCUGGACACGAAAUCAUCGUUCAGUACCUGCUGGAUCACAAGGUGAAAGCAGACGAGCGCAACGCCAAAGGCGAGACGGCCCGAGCCCUGGCCAUGUUGUACGGCUACACCAAAAUAGCCAGCCUCAUCGACUCGCGCUGUCCGAGGAACAAAGCGGGACUUUUCCAAGACCUCAGCUCCUCCGAGGAUUCGGACGGCGCCCCGCCCAGGCCGCGGGCCGGCCGCGGCGGCCGAGCGAAAGGCGCCAGCAUCCACGACGGGCCCCAGGCCAUCGCCAAGUUCCGAGUCGGCGCGCCAAGCGAGCCUCGCGCCGCGGCGGCCGGCUACGCGACCUUCGGCGGUAUCGACGAGCGGAGCGACGGCAUCCGCUACCGUGACGUGACCUCGCCCAUCAACGAGCUGGACGGGCAGAGCAACAGCAGCCGAGACGAAAGUCCGUUCUUUGACCACGACAUGCCCACCAUGCGAAGCAGCGGCAGCAGCAGCGAAGGUUUGCCUCACCUGAUGGGCUGGGAAGGCUCCGUGGAGAGCAACGAGGACUCGGACCAGGGCCAAAAGAGUAGCUCGCGCCGGGUAACUAAGACGCAUCACGCCAAAGGAAAAAGUCGCCACGCCGGCAACGACGCACUUCACGGCGGAGCUCCGGGCGCGGAUGUCGCCGCGUCCUACAACGGUCCAAAGGAUUUGGCAGAGUUCUUGGAACAACUGGGCUUCUCAAAGUACCUGCCUUUACUUGAGGAGCAAGACAUCGAUCUACGCAUUUUUCUCACCCUGACCGAGAACGACCUGAAGGAAAUUGGCAUCACGUUGUUUGGGCCAAAGCGCAAGAUGACCUCGGCUAUCGCCAGAUGGCACAGCAGCGCCCGACCGCCCAGCGACGCACUGGAGCAGUCUUACGCCGACCAGCUGGAGGCCGAGAUGCAGGAGAUGGCCAUUCAGCUGCACAAACGCUGCGAGGAAGUGGAGGCCCUGCAGAGUCAGGUGUCGCAAGAGAAGGAGCUGCGCGCCGUGAUGGAGGGAUGCCUGAUGGAGGACAAGAUGGCGUGGAGGAGGGUGCACGGCCAGCUGGCGGAGAACCACCGGCUGACCCAGGACAUGAGCGCCACCUUGGCCCAGGCCCGAGCGUGUCGCUCGGAACUGCUCGCCUUGUUGAACGGCACCAAAAGUGAGCCAGCCGCCGGGUUUGCGACGAACGCCGGCGCAGCCGAGCUUGUGAAGAAACUCGACGCGUACGAAGAGGAACUGGCCGAUACUUUACAAACCGUGCUUCAGAGUCUGAGGCGACUGAGCGCUCCGGAAAAAGUGGCGGACAGCUGGGAAAGGCCUUAAACUUUCCAGCGGCUUCUGCAGUCACGACGGCGGGUGAGAUGACCACCCCGAACGAUGUCAACGGAGACCAGGCCAGACGCGGAGCCCACCCGAAUGGAUCGGAGCUCGCCAGACGCGGUCCGAUGCCCGAGGGGCUCCAAGACAAGCAGGCGAGAUGGGGCAUACGCGUGACCCUCACGCGCCCGUGUUGGUCGGCGUGUUUCUCGACUGCGGGCCGCAUGCACAAAUGCUGCGAAAUAGUUUCUUGAUGGGCGGUGGGCAAGGGACGGCCACGCAUGGCCCAACUCUGGUCUCUAUUCCCGCCUACCGAGGAUUUACUUCAUUGAGCUAGUGCGUUCAUUUUGCCAUUUUCGCUCUCUUGCUUUUUUU